GGUUUACACAAAAGUACACUUGUCGAGAGAUGAUGAGUGACACGCCGCUUGCUACUUCGCCACCUGCAUCUGCUGCCGCGAUCGGUCAUGGCCUUCCAGCGGUCGAAAUCUUCAGUGGAUGGAUGCAGAUCAAGACGCAGAGCUACGUGAACGUGGUUCGUGUUCCUGUCCUUUCUGCUUGCUACGUUAAGGGGUGGUGAUGGCAAUUGUAGCGACCCCGGCACGUUCGCUACAGCGUGCUGGCGGUUCAUCCGAUGAAACCAACAUCCAUCAUGAUGUACACGUUCAAGUUCCAGCCGUCGACGGACGAAUUGGCCGCGGCCUUGACGUCGACCAAGCAAACGUAUUCCGAGCUCAAAUUCGUGCCUUGGGAUAAACGCAACUGCGGGUUCUUUCUCCACGCUUUGGACAAGGAGAAUCGACCGUGCGUGCUUGAAGUGGACGUCAAAACCACCGAGUUGUUCGACUCGUGGGCCAACAACCUCACGUCCGAGAGUGUGUGGCGCAAUGUGGCGGCCGCGGCGCUGGAAAAGCUGCCCAAAUCCAACACGGAAAUGUGGCGCAAAGGCGCGUCCAUUCAUCGGGGGCUUCAAAACGGCACGGGCGAAAACAAUUGCUUCUUGAACGUGAUCAUCCAGAGCUUUUGGCACUUGGUGCCGCUGCGUCGUCUCCUCUUGGACGUGACAAUCAAGGACUUGCCGGCGUCGGACGACGACAAGGCGAACGGCGGCGGCGAAACGCAGGACGGCGCCGCGGCCGCCACGAAUGUGCUCAAGACGCUCAAAGCCACCAUGAUGUCGUACGAAGACCCGUCGUCGGGGUCGUUGCAUCCCAAGGAAUUGCGCCAAGGGCUCAGUCUUCUCUACAAAACGGACCAAUUGUUUGCCGAGGGGUCGAUGGCCGAUGCGGAAGAAACGCUGCUGACGAUCUUGAACCUCAUGCACCAGCAAUCUGACCUGAUCCAACUCACGGAAACGGAACGCGCGGCGUUGAAGCGCACGCGGACGGUGGCGAGUAAAAGCGUGGACGGAUACGUUGAAAAGCCCGUGGCCAUCUUCGACCCCAACAGCAUCCCACAUAUUGUGUUUAGCCACCAAAUUUACGAUCGAAACGUGUGCCAGAGUUGCCACCACGCGUCGUCGUGGGAACUGUGCAGCAACUUGGUUUUUAGCAUCUAUGCGACCGCGGCGCUGAGUUUGCAGCAAACUGACAUGGGGUCCAUGUUGAAGCACCUUCCAGACGCCAUCAAUGGCGACUUGGGAACGUGCCACGUGGACACGUGCAACGGCAAGUUGGCCACCGAGCGUGUGAUCCACCGGUUCCCGCCCGUGUUUGCCAUGUCGUUGUUGUGGUCGAGCAACUCGCCGCCCAAGGAAGACAUCCAGGCGCUGCUGUCGACCAUCAGCGACACAUUGGACCUCUCAGAAGCGUUCCAAGUAGAUGGCGAAGCGGCCAAGAUGACCCAAGUCAUGCAUGGCAUCCGAUGCCAGUAUCGGUUCAAGGGGUUCGUGUGUUACUACGGCAAGCACUACUUUGCGUUCUUCUUCAGCACUGCCCACCAGCGGUGGCUAUUGUUUGACGACAACAAGGUCACGGACAUUGGCAAAUGGACCGCCGUCGUGGACCACUGCGUCAAAGGACGGUACCAACCCGUGCUGUUGUUUUACGAAAUUCCCGACGCGCGAAAGGACUCGUCCAUUGGCUUGUUUCGGGGGGAGACGGUGGUCGCAUUGCCAGAAGAGCGUACGACGACGCAAGCAUCGCCGCCGUCGCCGCCGUUGGGCAAGUCGAAGCUCUUGGCCGCGUUAAGCUCGAGUGCGUCGCCGCCUUUGAGGUCAGACACUUGUGUUUCGACAGAGAGGGGGCCAGCGCCUGUCGUCCGGACGCUCCAGGAUGCCGACAAGUCGUUGAGCUUCCUGCCGACUUCUGCGUCGAAACUGUGGCAAAAUAUCACGGCCGUCAAUGAGGCGAUUGCGAUGCCCCCGCGCACCAACAUCAUGCUCAAGCCCGCGCAACCCCACGAGUACGACGUCGAGUUCCCCGUGGACGCGGUCGUGCUGGGGUUGUACUUGGAGAAACUGGACGACGAUUUGUGUGUGACAGCGUUCCCCCGCACCCCCCACGGUGCCAUGUUGGAGGCCGAAGCCAGCGGGGUGAUCGGACUGUUUGACACAGUGGUCAUGGCGAACGGGCACCCGCUGGGCCAUUACUCGGUCGAACGCGCGUUGAAGAUGAUCCAAGCGCAAAAGCGACCGCUCCGCAUCCGGUUCAAGCAGUCCCAGCGCGUCCAGACGCUGCUGGACAUGGGGUUCACCAUCGACCAAGCGCUGGACGGGCUCCGAGCGGCGCGAGGCAGCAUCGACGCCGCGGCAGAGCAUUGCUUUACAUCACAAACUUAAUCACAUCAUAUGUGUUGUUGGCCUG